GUGGGUGGAGACUGCUGGUUCAGCUGGACUGGCUCAGCUCUGUACAGAAACACAGAGCAGGGGCAGGAUUUAUCUCUGUAGCAGGACUGUCACACAACGCUUUCAGUCACUGUGUAGUUCAUGGAUGGAGACUUCGCAAAGUGUAUAAAGCUGAAAUCGAGACGCGCUUGCUCGGCUCCAGACUCCCCAGCUGGCGUGGUCCACUCAAGCGAGCCGCGCCGCGCAGGGAGAGAGAGAGAGAGACACACACACAGAAAGAGAGAGAGAGGACCGUGCAGAGCUUUUACUGAAGCAACGUUAGCCGCAAUCACUUCGAGCCUCGUUUUCCCGUCCAGGUGCACCUACAGUCCGGUGGAGUAUGAGUGAGGUGCCAGCGUUCUGCUGCAAUGCGUGCUUUAGGCUGUAGAAUGAACCUGCCGGCAGUGCUGAACGGCCUGCUGGUGUCGGUAGUGGCGGCGCUGCUAUGGAAGUACGUUCGGCUAAGCGAGCACAUGACCCAACUCGAGGAGGAGCUGCAGCUCACACGGCAGUCCCAGGAGCUAUCGCAGGUGCGCAUCGAUUACCAUGCUGCCCUACUGGCGCUGCAGGAGCAGGGCACCAGAAUGGUCUGCACAGGAAAGAUGCACACUGACCGCAUCUGCCGCUUCGACUAUCUUUGCUACUGUACUGAGGCUGAGGAGUUCAUCUUCUUCCACAGCAAUGCCUCAGUCAUGCUCCCCAAUUUGGGGUCUCGUCGCUUCCAGCCAGCUCUGCUGGACUUGUCCUCUGUCGAGGACCAUAACACUCAGUAUUUUAACUUCUUGGAAUUGCCUGCAGCUGCACUGAAGUAUAUGCCGAAGCCUGUGUUUGUGCCAGAUGUCACCCUGAUUCUCAAUCGCUUCAACCCUGAUAACCUGAUGCACAUCUUCCACGAUGAUCUUCUACCCAUGUUCUACACCAUGCAGCAGUACUCAGACUUGGACGAUGAAGCCAGGCUGGUCUUUAUGGAAGGGUGGGGAGAGGGGGCCCAUUUUGAUCUCUAUCGUCUGCUUAGCAGCAAGCAACCACUACUUAAAGACCACUUGCGGAACUUUGGCAAGCUGAUGUGCUUCACCAAAUCUUAUGUGGGAUUGUCAAAGAUGACCACUUGGUACCAGUAUGGCUUUGUACAGCCCCAAGGUCCCAAAGCCAACAUUUUGGUGUCUGGGAAUGAGAUCCGUCAGUUUGCCUCGUUCAUGAUGGGAAGGCUGAAUAUCACACAAGAGCAGAGGCCGGAGGACGAUAAUUAUAUAGUCGUUUUUAGUCGUGCUUCUAACAGGCUUAUACUCAAUGAGGCAGAGUUGAUCCUUGCUUUAGCUCAAGAGUUCAAAAUGAGGACAGUCACUGUGUCCUUGGAGGACCAGACAUUUGAUAGCAUAGUCCAGGUUAUUAGUGGGGCAUCCAUGUUGAUCAGCAUGCAUGGAGCCCAGCUGAUAACUUCCAUGUUCCUGCCACGAGGAGCUGCUGUGAUAGAGCUUUUCCCAUAUGCAGUCAACCCAGAACAGUAUACUCCGUACAAAACCCUGGCAUCCUUGCCAGGAAUGGAUCUGCAGUAUGUAGCAUGGAGAAACAACAUUGAGGAGAAUUCUGUGGCCUAUCCUGACCGCCCUUGGGACCAGGGAGGCAUCACUCACUUGGAAAAGGAGGAGCAGGAACGUAUCUUAGCCAGCAAGGAGGUACCAAGACAUCUCUGCUGCCGUAACCCUGAGUGGCUUUUCCGCAUUUAUCAAGACACAAUCGUGGACAUUCCGUCCUUUCUGGAGGUCCUUAGAGAAGGUCUAAAAGUCAAGCCUAAUUUGAAAAAGUCUAAACCUAUCAGCACAGUACAUCCCGGUCGAGUCCGAGAACCCAAAUGUCAAACAUCAGUGCAGGCAACCAAUGAAGCAAAACUUGCUGUGUCGUGGCAGAUCCCUUGGAACCUCAAGUACCUGAAGGUGAGGGAGGUAAAAUAUGAAGUGUGGAUCCAGGAGCAGGGGGAGAACACUUACAUGCCUUAUAUUCUUCCUCAUCAAAACUACACCUUCUCAGAAAACAUUAAGCCCUUUACCACAUAUCUAGUAUGGGUGCGCUGCAUCUUUAACAAGAACCUUUUGGGACCAUUUGCAGAUGUUCUUAUAUGUAAAACUUGACUCAGUUAAGCUCACACUUUGAUCACCAGAGUCAGGGAAAUGCUGAAGUGCUGUGAAGUUGGAUGUUCCAGUGGAAAAAAAACAGACCUUUCUGCAUUUUGAAACAUGCGGUGGAGCAUUACUGCAGUCAGUGAGAUUAAAGAACAUUUGUGCUGAGGAGGUCUAAAGAUAAUUCAGACUACUGAACUGCCAAACCAGACCCUCUCAGAAGACGUCUCCAGCUUUGACGUGGAUUUAAAGUGCUUCUAGAGAAACGUUUUCAAUUCAGAUUUUAUUUAUAAGAAAUGAGUAAUGUGUAAGGUAAUUUAUUUUUAUUUAUUAGUCAGAGAUGUCUGCUCCUGUUGAGAUUACAGUGUACAUGUUUGUGUGUGGGUGUGCGUGUGUGUGUUGAUAGAUACUUAAAGGUUUCAUACUUUUUGGCACAAGUGAUUUUGUUAAUUUUUACAGUGAUGGGUUUUAUGUGACUUUGUGAUUGAACAAUGUUUUGCAUAGUCAUUACAAUGCCUUUUCUGAUUGGAUAGCUUAAUAUUAGGUACAUUUGCAUCCAAAUUAGUACAAAAAAAACCAAAGUGGACUUAAAAAUAUGUCUUUCUCCCACUCGUCCUUUUCGUGUAUGUGUUGUACUGGUUAUUACUUUGUUCAGUGCUGAUGUUUGUAUUUUUUGCCAUUUUAUGCUAAAAGCAUUUAUUUCAUGCUCAACUGCUUUGCUGGUGAAACGUUUGCCAAUGGGCAAGGUUAGACUUGCUGUACAUUAAAUAAAAGAUGUCCAAUACUUAGGAAAGAAAAGCUGAGUCAAGUAACCAUGACAUUGCACAUUGAAAUGGAAGACACAAAUAAGUAGCUAACAGAGACAGUGCUGUAGUUUGGCUUGCUAAGAAUAAGAGUUGCAUGUAAACUGUAAUAGAAUCAGUCACUGUUUACUUUGUACUGCUGUACAUUAUUUAAUGUGUUAUCAACACCCCAUUUAUGUCAUUGUAUAGUUCAGCAUCAGUACUCAAGGGCUUUGUCUUUUCUCUUAUGCUCUUUGUAAGUUCUUUCUUGUUUCUAAGGUAAAAACAUGACUUAUUCCAGUCAUUGUAUUCCAGUUUCUCCAUCAUGGGGACUGAUUGUUAAAGGGGAUUUCCACUGAUUCAGUGUAAUUGAGUCAUUGAGAUGUAAACAGAAUCACAUAGAAUGGUUUUAUGUGAAAUGGUGCAUUUGUAGAGAAACCUACCAACUUUGAUUUGGAUACAGUGGUGGUGAUAGGUACCAGGGGUCGUGACAUCCACAACACAGUAUGUGUACUAUUUAAAGCAGUUUGUGAAUCUACACCUGUCUUCCGAGUUUUUAUAUGUAAUGUUGAUAAUGAUAAGAUAUGGUAAGAUAGUAUUUUUGAAAAAAUAAGUUGUUAUUUGGGACUAUUUUGCCUUACAAUAUCUUGCAUGUACCUGUCCACCAUAAAUGUAUUUUACAAACAAUGUCUCAGGCAUCAGACAGUGUAUUCAUAACCAUUUCGUGUAAUAGGUUUCUGUGAGGUAGCUUUUAAAGGCAUUAAAUGCUUCAGACGUCUGGUUCCUAUCACAACUGUUGUGUACUGUUUUGACUUAGUAAGUUUCUCUAGAAUGGCUUUUUUUACAUGAAACUACUCUGAAUGACUGGCUACAUCUUAACUAUUAUGUAAGUAUGUUGAAAUUUUGGACAGUUGUUGGAAUUCCCCUUUAAGGAUGGAACAGUUAAGCAAGACCAGUGAACAUGAAUUUCUCUGACAAUCGUUGCCGUAAAUUAUGAACAUUGUCCUUUUACUUUGACUCCUGCAAUUUGGAGACGUCUGCAAUCGAUCUGAUAAAAGUGGGCACUUGUUUAGAUUGUGCUUCAUUAAGACGAGACCUCAGCUUAACCCUCUAUUAGCAUAACCAGUGUUUUGAUUGACAUAAUUACAUGCUAAUUAUAUUCAUGUGUAAGAUGAGGAUAAUUAAUCCAUGCAGAGUCUAAUAUGAAAUAGAUGUAAGGUCUAAUGUCUGUAAUCAAAGAAAGAGGAAAUGUAAUUCAGUAGCGCUAACUACCCUAUGUUUGGGCUCUGAGGAGGUAAAUAAGGCUUGAGAUGGUAUUCAGAGCAUUUACGGAUCUCAUAUUAAAUCAGAACAUUCAAGGUUAAUUCAUAGUUCUCGUUUCCUGGAUGAGGGUGGUAUUAUGAGUUAGUACUUUAACAGGAAGACUGUAAUACUCAUGUUGUCAGUGUAUGAAAAAGAAGAGAAGGCCCUAUAUACAGCUAUAUGCAAAAGUUUAAACACCCCUGGUCAAAUGACACGUUUUGUGGAUUUUCUAAGUGAAAAGAAGUUAC